AUGAAUUCAACUCCGUCCCUAUCUGAAUCUGCCUCGGUCAACCCCAUCGACCAGGCCUCGGAAGUAGAUUAUAACAAACACUACCAUCACCCGGUCUGGCCACAACGCUGGCACCAUCCAGACUUCACCGAAAAGGCCAUGGCAAAGUGGAAGGAAGAGCCAUGCUACAGAAACACGGCAGAUCGCAUUACCCAUCGAUUCCUAACCCAACGAUUCCCAUGCCAUUUUCCUUGGGGAUAUAUCAUCUAUCGAACAGUCUACACGCCCGAGUCUGAGAAAUUGUGGCCGAUCGCCAUGGAAAAGCUAACCCGCGUGAUGACUACAUGGAUAAAGGGUGAAUUGAACUAUGGGGAUGACCCUCGCCCCGAGCAUCUGAUAGAAGAGUCCCACAAGGACGUGAUCAUCUCCGACUCGAGUCGUUGGGACGGUGCCGGUAUCGAGCAAGUUCGCGGCCAUUUCGCUCAGUAUCUGCGUGAGAUUAAGCAGGAAGAACACUGCGAGGAAUCUCGCUUUGCUGUCCGUCUUGUGAUUGAUGAGAGAUCGUUGAACUCGCUUGUUGCGACUGAUGACCCUGACGACGGGUUUGUUGGGGUCGUUGAUGGACGGUAUGACCCCGGAAAGAGGUAUGAUUCGCCUUCUGAUUGUGGAUAUAUGAGGGUGCUGGUCUGGGCGUUGUGGCCUCUCUAUUUGAAUCUCCAAUUCGAUCAUAUGUGCGAGCUGUGUCCGAAUGCCCCGGAUGGGUGGAUUCCUGUCUAUGAUGAGGGCGAUGGGACGGCGCAGGAUGAAGAUGGAAAUUUCAUUCCUAGGGAAUUUUUUCGGAAGCGCCCUGAGGGAUUGACUCAGCGAAGGCGUGGGAGAGGGUAG